GAUCGGAUCGGUUUUGUCUGGUUCUCGUUCAGGAGACUUUAGGAAUUAUUAACCGGAACAAUCCCUUCUUUCCGGAAACAAAAUUGCUUCAUGACAAGACAAGUCACCGUUUCGUUUUUUCUUAGAAUGUCCACGGACUCUAUGAUCUUACGAAGUACAUUUAUUUCUUCAUUCGCACGGCGCUCAUUCAGAAAAAGAACAUUACAUCAACAGUAUGCCUCUUAUUGUUAAAGUUAAUCCAGGGAACGUUUUAGGGAAAUAUCCUGACAUUACAUCGCCUGAUGGUCUUAUUUCUCCACCGCCGAUAGAAACAGAAUUGAAAGAGACUUCGCCGCUUCUGCGGGAAAAGAUCAAGGCAAAACAACGUCAAUUUAGGAAAGCUGUUUCGCGAAAGAUACAGAGAAGACUUCGAAACAUGAAGCGAACUCCAGUACUGAUGCUAAUUUUGAUCGAGGUUUUUGAACGGUUUGCAUACUAUGGGAUACUCAUCAACUUCGUUUUGUUCCUGAACAAGUGUUGUGGUUGGACUAUGUUUUUGUCAGUGGCAAGUGUAAUGACAUUUUCAUCAAUUUCGUGGUUCAUGUGUGCUCUAACAGGAAUAAUGGGUGAUUCGCGUUUUGGUCGCUACAAUACCAUCGUGAGUGGCUUCCUGGUUUAUUUCUUUGGUGCUUUAACUCUUGUACUUGUGGCCUUUUUAAUGGGAUAUUUUUACCUCGAGAAUGGGCAACCUCGAGAUAGAAUAGACCAGCCUUGGAUUUUAAUGAUUUUACUCGUGGCGUUACUGAGUAUCUGUGCUGGAGAGGGAGCUGUAAAGGCGAAUUUAUCUGCUUUUGGGGCAGACCAGCUUAAGAGAGAUGCACCAGUGCAGGAGAACAAGAUGUUGUUUAAUUGUUUUUAUUGGAUGUCCAAUGUGAUUUCGUUGCUGUGUCUGGCUGGUGUUACGUAUAUUCAACAAAUGAAGUGGUGUUACGGCUUCACCAUAGGGUUUGGUAUUCCUGCUUUUUCACUGACAAUAGCGUUUGCAAUAUUUCUUUGCUGUCGCAAGCAUUUCGCCAUUGACAGGCCUCGCGGCACUGGGCUCAGGAAUAUGUGGCUUAUUAUGCGUCAAGCCUGGUCAAGGAGAAAAGCUGUUAAAGUGGAAGAGAGGGAGUUAAUUCCAAGAAGUACUUGUACUUCAGAGAGUGAUUUUUCUCCAAGUGGUGGAGACUGGCUCGACAUGGCACUGGUGGCUUAUGGUGGAACAUUUAUGGAUUCUGAAGUGAAUGAACUCAGGGCAUUGAAGAAAGCUGUUGUGUUUUGUUUGCUCUUAAUUCCAUACUGGAUGAUUUAUACUCAGCUUUACAGCACAUUUAUCCUGCAAGGUCUUCACCUCAAGGCUGAAUAUGGAGGGUUUAUUAUCCCUGCUGCAUGGCCAAGUCUCUGUGAGAUUUUUAUUCUUCUGAUCCUUGUUCCGAUGCUGGAGAGAGCUAUAUAUCCCAGCCUGAAUGGGUGUGGUAUUAAUGUCUCCAUCCUUGGAAAGGUCAUCUUAGGAAUGUUCCUGGCUGCUGGUUCAGCUGGAAUGGCUGGUUAUGUUGAAAAAGAAAUGACAAACAGUUUUUUUGAUGCUGGUUCUGUCAAUCAUACUGCCAGUGGGGAAAGAUACCCUGUGGUGAGAGACUAUUCUAUUUGGUGGCAAAUUCCACAGUACACCCUGAUGGGUAUGAGUGAAGUCUUCACAAGUAUUCCAGGACUUCAGAUGGUGUUCACCAUGUGCCCGGACACACCACAAAGUGUGACAUCUGCAGUAUUUAACAUCAUGAUAAGUAUUGGAAGUCUGCUGAGUCUUAGCAUUUUAGCGCUUACCGCUUAUCUUUGGGGGUGGUACCCCAGAGCCAGGGAAGGGGCACUCGGGUACUAUUUGGGUAAUGACAAAGUUGCCUACUAUUACUGGCUGUUAGCAGUAGUGACGGUCGCAACAGCACUUUUGACUUCUAUUGUAGGAUAUACUUGUGAUAUUGGACCUGACAAAAAUGGAAUUAAACACCAAGUGCUGGUCAAUGAAGAGACUUCGACACAAGGUCAGCUUUCAAAUGCCGGGGUUGAUUCAAAAAAUAACACAUUUGUGGAGCUCAGCUCGUGACAAACUGUGUUCACUGUUUAAAAUAUUUAUUCUAAAUUGGAAGUGCGUUUGGAUGUGAAGCUGUUGUAAUGUUUCAGAUUGGCAAGCUUGUAUACGUAAAGUAUUGUACGCUGCAAAUUAGUUUCCGAACAUCAUUAAACGAAAGAUACAGUACAAUAUAUGUUGUUCGAAUAAGCUAAGGUGGACCUUUAUUGCUCAUUUCAAGCGGAUGGAAAUUAGCCAUGCAUUGUGAUGUUAAUGCUUCAGUUUACAGUUUUUAAAUCAAGUACUUGUUUCAUUUCUAAAAUGCACGGGAAAUCGCUUUUCACAAUUUAAAUUCUGCGGGAAGACAAAUUUUCUUCGUCAAAUCAAACUGGAUACUAUUCAGAAAAGGACCAACAAAACUCUACAAGGCAAACUAAUAAUUUUCGUGUUUAAAAAUGUCCACAGCGCAGUGUUGUAACGAAUCAGAAAUUGAUAAUGAGAACGGUGCUUGGGUUUCCAGUAUGGCUAACUGUGUUUAAACCUUCCUUAAUUUCCGUCUCUGUUUGUUAAUCAGUUUGUUGCGAGCGACAAUCUACACUAGCUCGUGGCAAAACUGUGUUCACUGUUUAAAAUAUUUAUUCUAAAUUGGAAGUGCGCUUUUUUUUAAUACAUGGACAUUGUGACUAUGGAUUUUUUAUUUAGAAUUGAUCUGUGCCACAGAUAUAGCCACUAAACAAUGCUAACCAUCAAGUAUUUUAACAAUUUAUUAGGAGUAAAGAAACAUCUUAGUAAAAUAGAUAUCAAUAUUGAUUACAAAAUGACUUGACUCUGUGGCCGUAGAAUUACGAUAAAGAUGAUUAUGAUAAUGAUAAUGACAGUGGAGGAUCUAGACCUUGAUCUAGGGGGGACGGGCAGUUUUUUGUCGCUUGCCCUACUGGCUUUUCUUCCUUCUGCGAUUCUUUUUUUUUUGUAAACCCAAAAUAAGGAGGGGGACCCGAACCCCCCAGGGCCCCUCCCUUAGAUCUACCAUUGAAUGAUAAUAACACUGACAACGGUAACGAUAAUGAUAACGAUAACGAUAAAGAUAGAAGUAAUAGUGGCAGAAACUGUAAUGAUGAUAAUAAUGAUGAAGAUAUAGAUAA